AAUUCUAGGAGCUUCAAUCACAAAAUUAUUCACUGAGUCGGGAUAUUCAAUGUGCUAAGAAAGUCAACAAGUUGUUGCCCAAUCAUGUCGGUCGAUUAUACGUGGACAAAUACUUCAAAAAAUCUACGAAAGAAAAGGUUGCGAAAUUAGUGGAAGAUAUACGUCAGUCCAUGUUGCAUAUAUUCAGUGGUUCUGAUUGGAUGGAUGAAACCACAAAGGAUGCUGCUAAAAAGAAGGCAGCUGCCGUCCUCGAUUUUAUUGGAUAUUCCGCUACCAUCAAUAAAAUGCCCUUAUUUCCUGACGUGGGGAACUUAACCGGAACGGAUUUUUUAACGUCUAUGUUAAAUAUCAGACGGAUGACUUCAGCAUUACAAUUUAAUAGCUUACGUAACCUCAGACCUAGAAAUUCAUCAGACAUCCCUUCAGCCAUGGUUAAUGCCUUCUAUGAUCCUUCUAGAAACACAAUAAAUUUCCCUGCUGGAAUAUUGCAGAAACCAUUUUUCGAUGAAAAUUAUCCCAGCCCCCUUUUAUAUGGCGUCUUUGGUGCUGUUGUCGGGCAUGAGUUCACCCACGGCUUCGAUAAUUCGGGUACGUUGUUUUUUUUCUAUUUGCUAUAG